GUCUGUAGUUUAUAUUUCAAACCAACACCGUUCUUUCUCCUUUUUUAUUUUUUCAUUUUUUAUGAUUUUUCAAACUGCAAUUCAUUCAAUAUAAUGUCCUAAAACUCAUGUCAAUUCUAAAUUACAAUUAUUUUUAUGAUUAAAUUGUAUCUAUCAAUAAAACAAUGCAAUUACGAUCUUAAAGUGGUGUACUACAAUAAAUUGGAAAAAUAAAAUAUAUAUAAUUAAUAAAACAUAAUAAAGUUUCUUCUUUGGUGAUUUUUAAACAAAAGAAAAAGAAAAAUGAAAUCAAUUAGUAUAUUAUUGUUAGCACUUGCAUGCCAGGCUUCUUGUCAACGAGUGAUAGAGGCCCAACCAAGUAAUCCAGGUGAUAAUGAGCCAAAUUUCGUGACUCCUGAAUAUAUACUCCCUUGUAGCAGAAGUGAUCCAGCACUCGAUAAAUGCAUCCAAAAGGCAUUCAAUCAUUUAAGACCUUACCUAAUAAAAGGAAUUCCGGAGUUGGAAUUACCGUCAAUUGAACCUUUGGUAAUACCUCAACUUGGAAUGGAAAAUGGGCAGGGAGCUGUAAGAGUAAAAGCUCUCUUCACCAACAUCACGACUUAUGGAUCUGGCAAUUACACUGUUAGCAAAGUCCGGAUUGAUUUGCGUACGCUUCGAGUUGAUCUUCAGCUCAGCAUACCAAAGAUAGAAAUUCAAGGGCGAUAUGAAGUAAAUGGGAAAGUUCUUCUGUUUCCUAUUCAGAGCCAAGGCGAAUUUUGGGCCCGUUUCGGUGAUGUUGAGGCAACAGCACAAGUUCAAGGAGUUGAAGAACUAAGAGAUGGCGUACGAUACAUGAGGAUAUCACGACUAUUAGUCGAUUUCAACUUGGGAAGCUCACGGUUUCAUGUGUCAGAUAAACUUAUGGGCAGAAAUGUUAUAGGCCAGGCAAUGAACCAAUUUCUCAAUCAAAAUGCCAGAGAAAUAAUUGAAGAAAUGCGUCCAGCUGCUCGUGCCAGUAUUGCUGAACAUUUCAUGGCAUUUCUCAAUACUGCCUUUACCAAAGUUCCUCUCAAGGUUUGGCUUCAUGACACGUGAAAAAAUCCUUUGUCUUUAUUCCAAUAUAUAUGUAAUAUGUUUCAUUAUUCUCUUAUGUUCUGCUUUUUAUCAUUUUUCACGAGCCAUGCAUUAUUCAGGAUCGCGUGACGAGUAAGAGUGAGAGAGUAUGUAUUCAGCUAAUUAGUGAGCAAUCAAAAAAAAAAAAAAGAAAAUAAAAUAUUACA